AUGACCGACGAAGGACGACAAACAACGCCGGAGGGGCAUAUCAAUGACCAACAACAGACCGUCGCAAAAUACGUUCCCGGAAACAACAUCCAGAUCACAGAAACCAUCAACAACAAGCUGAAGAGGAAGAAGCUUUAUGUCGCGUUUAGCCAGAAGAACGCGAAAGGAAAGACAGAGUACCAACUUACUGAGACGAAGGACGAUACCACGAAGCUCUACAUGAACGGGAAGUGGUUUCCUCAGGCCGAUGUCUACGUGAUUAAAUGA